CGACACAAUCUCGCCGUGGUUUCUAGUAACGAAUACCUAUACCCCGUCAACAAAAAAACAAAAAAUGAGACAAGAAGAUUUGCAAGCCGGGGGAGGGGUGGCAUCAGGCACGGCGCCAGAGACAAGCCCAGCCGAGACGCAGAAAAUCAGGCACAUCGCCAUCCUGGACACGGACGUGAUGGUCCCAGCCGUCGUUCCGACCUACGGCCGGUAUUUCAGUGGGCAAUACAUCAAGCUCCUCGGCGCAGCCGCCAAACGGCUCGGCGUGUCCCACCUUGUCCGGUUCACGACCUGGGACGUCGUCGCCGGCCACUACCCGGACCCGUCGGACGUCGACGCGAUCCUCAUCACCGGCUCCAUCGCGGCCGCCUACGACACCGACCCCUGGGUCCUCGCGCUCGGCGCCUUCAUCGAGGGGGUCUACGCGGACCACCGCCACGUCCGCAUCUUCGGCACCUGCUUCGGCCACCAGCUCGUUGGUCGAGUGCUUCUCGGCCCGCACGGCGCCGUCGUGGAGAAGGACCCUAACGGUUACGAGUUCGGCGUCCAGACGAUCGCACUACACCCAAGGCUCGUUGAGGACUUCCCGUGCCUGGCAGCGCUCGGUGGUGCCGAACCCGACGCCGCCGCCGACGGCACGGGCCCGAGCCGUCGCGGCCUACGGCUCCAGAUGUGCCACGGCGACCACGUCGCGCUGCCCCGGCCACCGGCAGGGCUCCCCGGAAAUUGGAUCAGCAUCGGGGGUACCGCGCAUUGCGCGGUCCAGGGCCUGUACGAGCCGUCGAGGGUCCUCACGAUUCAGCCGCACUUCGAGUGCGACCAGGUCAUCAUGGAGGAAACGAUUCGGUACUUUUAUACGCCGGAUAAGGGGUUCUCAGAGGAGUUUCUGGAACGGGCGUUUGCAGGUACCAGGAGAGAGGACGACGCGGGGGCCGCGGCAGAGUGGGUUCUGAGAUUCCUGGCGAAGAUCUGAGUUGUGUGAGGGUUU